UCUCAAAGGAUAAGUUACAUUUUAAAAAGAACUGAAGAUAAUUCAGUCUAGAAGAUGAACCUUGUUACCAUAUGUAGACGAAAUAGAGUGAAAGCCAAUCUAAGGAGACCUUGGAUAGAGACAUAGUAACAGUCUUUAACCUGUUGAUUGUAAAGGGCUCAAAGAUCUCCAAGGGGAAAGCACAAGUGUCUAAAAAUAGAUGGUAAAACACCUGAUCUAGUUCGUUUUCUAUUGCUGUCAUAAGCACCAUGACGACGACAGCAACUUGGGGAGUUUGAUUUAUUUCAGCUUGCAGGUUCAUAGCAGCCAUGUUAGGAAGUCUUUAAUUAACUCAAGAGGUCCUAGUGAGUGACACUGCAUUCAGUCUGCCAGACAAAAACAAGCCACUUGAUUGAUACGUUCAUGAACAAGAGAUUGCAACAAGUGUAUCAGAGCAGUUGUGGGGUUCCUUAAAAAGGAUAGUAAUUUCUUUAAACCAUUAGUUCCUGUGUGAUAGGGCUAGCCACCUUGUUUGAGGACAGUUGCUACAACUUCUCUUUUCAUUAAAGAGGCAUCUCGAAACAAAAGGCCAUCUCUGUCUGAAAAGCAGCUGAAGGUUAUAGACAAGGUUCUUUCCAUCUGAAUUCCAAGACCCUCAACCCAGUCAUUCUGCAGCCUUUAUCACAAGAGCUCCUGGUGGUUCUCAACCUGUGGGUCAUGACCCCAGUGACCUGACCCUUUUUCAGGGGUCACCUAAGACCAUCAGAAAACAUAGAUGUCUACAUUAUGAUUCGUAACAGUAGCAAAAUUGCAGAUGUGAAGUAGCAACAAGAGUGAUUUCAUGGUUGGGGGUCGCCUCAACCUGAGGAACUGUAUUAAAGGGUUCCAGCUUUAGGAAGGUUGAGAACCACUGCUGUAGUACGUGUCUGUCUGGAAGGGAAUGGCUUACCAUAUUCCAGCAGAUAAGACCUGCAGGCAGCCUUUUUGAGAUGCUGGAAAGUGUGGUCUGUAGGUAGAAGCAGCAGUGUGACGACAGAGUCUAUCUUCGGCAUCAGCUUCUAGACCACGGUGUGCCUAGUUCAGUGAAUCAGCAGGUGACCAGGUAGUAUCUGGCAUUUGCUCAUCAGUCUGCCAGAUCUAGGCCAGUUCCCUGACCUAGAACCUAUUUUUUUAAGGCAAAGCCAAGUCUUUCUGGAAGAACCAAUCAAUGAAGCCAAGAGUGUAUACUCUUAUGGUUUUCCCUGGUAGCUUACCGUAGGGGUCUAAGGCUUUUCAUCACAGCAACUAUGAUGGGGUGGGAGUAGGGGUGAGGUGAGGGUAGGGGUAGGGAUGGGAGUAAGGGGAGAACCAGUCUUCUUGAGGAGUGCGGAGUAGAGUAGGAGCUGGUGUCUAGACUGGAGUAGGAAACAUCAUGUUCUCUUAAUAUUUGCAUGGGAAAUGUCCCUCACAGGCUCAUAUCUUUGAACAUAUGGUCUCCAGUUUGUGGUGCUGUUUGGGAAAGUUUUGAAAACUUUUAGACAGGAGGCAUAGUAGAGGUGGGUCCUUGGGGGUAGUUCCUCUGAGGACUCUAGUUUGGUUUUACUUCCAGUCUGUCUUUCUUCUUCCCACUGCCUCACAUUCCUGCCUGUUCUCUCACUUGUGAGUAAAAAUAAACCUGUUUCUCUGUGUCUCUGUGUCUCUGUGUCUCUGUGUCUCUGUGUCUCUGUGUCUCUGUGUCUCUCUGUCUCUAUCUAUCUAUCUAUCUAUCUAUCUAUCUAUCUAUCUAUCUCUUUCUCUCUAUCUAUCGAUCUUGGGUUCUCUGUGUAGUCCUGGCUGUCCUGAAACUCACUCUAUACACCAGAUUGGCCUUGAAUUCAAAGAGCAGCCUCCCUUUGCCUCCUGAGUACUGGGAUUGAAAAUGUUAACCACCACUGCCCAGGGUAAAUAAACCUCUCUGAAGCUACUUCAAACAGGUGUUUGAUCACGGUGGCACAAAGAAACCAGUAAGCUCCAAUGAUGAGAACUAGACGAUAAAUGGAGUUCUUCAGCAAAUGAGUGCAAUGAGUCCCUAUAAAAAGAAAGUUUCUGAGGUAUCCAAAAUGUAAUGGCAAAGUCUAGGGGAUGGAGGGGUGUACCAGAUAGCUUUCCAUCCCUAUAACAAAGCAUCUGAGAUGGUUUACAAAGAGAAAGGGUUAUCUAGGCUCACAGUUUGCAGGGUUCCGUCCAUGCUGGUUCGCCUUAACGUUUUGGGUCUGUAGUAACAAAGUAUCUCAUUGUGUGGGUGUGUGGCAGAGCAAUCAUAUUUACAUCAGGCAAAGGAACAAAAGAGAUGCAGGAAAGAGCAUGGGUCUCCUUGAGAGCAUCUCUCCAAUAACCUAAGGAUCUCCUGUAAGGCCCAUCUCCUAAAGGCCCCACCAUCUUUUAACAAGACUAUCCUGGGGACACACAGCCUGUGGGAAAUGUCUGGGAUCUAAACUAUAGCAAGGUGGGGGAGAGAUCAUGGAAAUCAGUACUACAGGUAAAGCCAAUAAAAAGACUACAGGGCUAGAGGGAUGGUUCAAUGGUUAAGAGCACUUGCUGCUCUUGCAGAGGACCAAAGUUCAGUUCCAGUCAGGAGGCUGAUACAUUGAAUAUAAUUUCAGCUUCAGGGAAUCCAGAGCCCUCUUCUGGUCUCGCCCAGACACCCACACAUAUGUGCACAGCAUCAUAUUCUCUCUCUCUCUCUCUCUCUCUCUCUCUCUCUCUCUCUCACACACACACACACACACACACACACACACACACACACACUCACACACACAAAAUGAAAUAAUUUUUUUAAAGGUCAUGUAAAAAUUUGACUUAGCCCCCAUCCUGGGCAACCCCCAGGGCCACUUUGCCCUGUUGCGUGCAAUCAUUCUGGUCUGCAAGGUCUGUGUGUAUUUGUAAUUGUCUGGCCUGUUAGCCCUGCUUCUCCCUAUAUACUACCCUCCCAUCCCAGAACAAUUUUUUCCCCUUCCUGUUAUCCCACUCCCCAUAUCUACAACCAGUGUUGGCUCUCAGUCUUGGGUGAAACCCUGAGCAGGAGAGAGCUACACAGUGUGUCCAAGCAUAGCACUACCUCCCCCUCUUGGUCCAUAUAACCAGUGCUUUCCUUCCUUCCUAAAAGUUAAAACAAAAACACUCUUCUUCUCUGUAGACCCCGUGAACAUGUUUCCAACCUCUCCCUAACACUAUUGAUAGUGUGGUGUGGGGGUCUCUAUGACCACCACAGCCCACAGAGUUACAGUCUAUGGGAGGCAAGAAGGUAGUAAUUGAGUAGCUAGUGUUGGUGUGUUUAAAAGCACAGCACAACUUGGUGAAGUUUUUCCUAAAGAUAAUUAACAAUCCAUGUGUACAAUGAAGCUUAAGACAUGAGUACAUCAAAACUCUUUGUAAAGUUCAUGUGACAUCUUCCAUCAAGAUAGGUUCUGUAGAUUUACAAACUCAUGUUAAGGGUCUGAAGAAAGAUCUGGUAUAGUAUCAACCACACAGGCCAUUAAACAUGUUCACUCCCAACCUUCUGGGUAAAUAACAGGCUGUGGAUCCCUCCCUUGGAAGGGACAAUCCUGUGGUUUAACUUUCCUGGUUCCCCCAGUGUUUAUCUGUGAGCCUGAGAACCUUGUACACAUUAUUCCAGUCCAUUUUCUAGCUAAGAUCUUGUGAUAAUUAGCUUUGUCAAUUUGACAUAGCCUAGAAUUGCUUGGGAAGAAAGUCUCAGUGCAGAAUCAACUAUACUGGGUUGGCCUGUGAGCGUGCCUGUAGGGGACUGUCUUAAGUUAGUUUGUGUGGAAAGGCCCACCCCAGUGUGGGCGACACCAUUCCCUAGGCAGGGCAUCCAGAACUGUAUAUGCCCAGAACUGUAUAGGAGUAGGGAAAUCCACUGAGCAUAGGUGAGGAAGCACACAUUCAUUUCUUUCUGCUCUUGACUGUGGAUAUGACUAAUUGUUUGAAGUUUCUGCCUCGACCUUCCCCACAAUGAGAGACUUCACCCUGAUAUUGUAAGCUGAAAUAAACCCCUUUCUCCAUUGAGUUGCUUUUGGUUGGAGUAUUGUAGCACAACAACAUAAAUGAAAGAACAGAAGGCCUAUAAUUUAUUCCUCAAGAAACCUUUUCUAUGACAGAUCUCUUGGUCUCAAGAACAUUAGCCAAGUGAGAUCCCAAAACUUAACCCUACCUUUCUGGCCAACUUAUUAAAUCAUAAAUAAAACCGUAUUUGGUAGAAUUGACAACAACGUGAAAGCCAUUCUUCUCUUCUCAGUGUCGCUUACUAGCAAUGGCUACGGUUGAAUGCCUGCUCUCCAAAAGAAAUAUUAUACUGGAAUUCAAUUGCAUCAGGAUUGUCACAGGAGGGGAAACUUUAAGGGAACAAUAGGUCACGGCGUUUUGUUUUGUUGUAACUUUCUUGUCACGCUUACAAAAUACCUGACAUAAUAACCUUAAAGAGGGAAAAAUUGAUUUCUAGCUCACUGAGUCAGAAGAGUCAGGAGAUAGCAUAUGAUUUUCCUGGAGAAAUGUGAAGAAAUAUCUUUUUACCCAAGAUAGGACACUGCUAACAGACCAAAGAUAUUUCUAUCCAAGUCCCUCUUGAGGUACGAACAAAAAACUGGCAACAGGUCCAAGGGCCACCCAAGGAUUGUGUAGUAGAGCUAGCCACAGAUGAGCAGGGUAGGAUGAGAUUCUAAGUUGUGUUAGCAUUCUGAGUGUUAGCAUGCUGAUCAGCAGUCCACCUUAGGAGAGAAGCUCAUGUUUAAGCAGGUCUGCAGGGCAUGUGCAUGUAUAUCGGCCAUGCAGGUGUCAGUUACCCGCUCAGAUGUACCACCAUUCCUCCCUCAGCUCAGACCUGCCGUCUCAUGAAGUAGUUCUCUGUGAGCGAGUGGCUGAUGGGAGCAAAAUACUCACUCAGCCUUUACUCCCAGCUUCCUGUGCUGAUACUAGGUAGCCAAAACUCACUGCCAACACAUAUAGAGGUGAAGGGACUCCUCCUAGCAUUCCAAGAUCUACCCACUUUGGAUUCCUUUUGUAUAGGGGGGAAAUGGACUGAUUUACAUAUCCUUGUCAACACCUGGUAAACAGUUGAGUGAUGGAACCUUGUUUAGCUGUCACAGGGUGUGGGGGGGGGGGAGUGGGUUUCAGUGGAGGUGGAACCAUGAUAUUCAGCCUUCUUUACCCAGAGGGACCAAGCUCCAUUCUCCCUCAGCAAGGACGGUGAGGUGAAACUGAGGCAUGUGAAAAGGGUGAGGCAGUUGCUCCUGCUGGUGAGACACAGAAAGGGACACUAAGAAACGUGGUAAUCAAAGACAAUGGUUUGAGCUGGUCACAGAGGUGUGUGCCUGUAAUCCCUGGUAUUUGGGAGGCUGGAGUGGGAGGAUCCCUUGGGCCCAGAGGCGGUUAAGACCAGCCUAGACAUCUUAGCAAGAUCUGUAUCUAAGUUGGUAGAAUGCUUACCCAGCACCCACAAAGACAAGCAUUGCAUAAGUCAGACGUGUGGGUGCACAGCAAUAAUGCUUUAGUAGUGUUACUAUUUUAAUGCCAGUCAAAUAAUAUUUUUGGUUGGUUAAUAUUAGUGUUUGGCCAUUGCAAUGAUAUGUUUAGUGUCAUUAAAAAUGCCAAAAAUGUUUUUUGACGCAGGGUCUUACCAUAGCUCAGGUUGGCCUGGAACUCACGAUUGUCCUACUCUGGCUGACUCAUUGCUGGGAUUAUAGGUAUACACUACACGCUUGACAACAGCACCAACGUUUUAAGGCAGGAUGGUAUUGCUCAGUCAUUCAACCUCAGGUUCCCAGGGGCUCCUGUGCUCGGUGCGGGCACAGAUCCUGCGGGCCGCCAAGGCCUAGCUCAAUUCUGUGUCUUGUGGUGACUUCACCUCCAUUGCUCACCAUCCUCAGUCUUUCAGUCUUGUUCUUUGGGAAUCAUUAUUCAAAAAAAAAAAAUCAAUGGCUAGUUCCUGUGUCUGGUUAUGUCUUGUUAGUAAUUUGAGGCAGAAGGGCAGAACCUAAGUGAGAUUCCAACCACAACACACCACUCACGCAUUUCAGUGGUGAAGAAGCCCUGCGAGUUCCCUCACUGGGUUAAUGAUCACAGGUUCAGGCACACCCUCAAUCCCAGCACUCGGGAGGCAGGAACUCUGUGAAUCAAGGGCAGCCUGGUUUACAUAGCAAGUUUCAGGACAUCCAGGGCUACAUACAAAGACCCUGUCUCAAACAAACAAAAGUAAAAGGCGCGAGCUAGAGUUGCCUUAGCAUAUGAGGAGGCCUGUCCUAUAUGGCAGGAAAAGAAAUUUAGGUUUUCAAGUGGUGGCCUCGCCUAAUGGUUAGGGGUCAGACUGGAAACUACCAAAAACAAACAAACAAACAAACAAACAAACAAAGCAGAAAUCCCCUUCAGUCCCUUGCCAGAGUCUGAAGAGACAAGCCAGUUUGUGCAAAGUGUUGGUCUACUCUGCCUGUCAGUCUCACCAGACCUGUGGAGUCCAGCACCAGCCUGGGCUAGUUAGUACACAGUGCUCCCAGGAUCUUAGUAAUCAUGACCAAAGUGGACACUGACCAAAGAGGGGAAAAGGCAAUCCCACCUUUGGUCACCCUGCCAGGUCUGAGGGCCAGAUCUCACAAGUUUGUCCUCUCUGCGUCCCUUCCUCCCUCAGUUAGUAGACUAGAACGAGCCUUUCUGCAAAUAGAAGGGCUUUCAGUCCAAGGCUUUGGCACCGUGCCGCAAUAAAGGGCUCUGGGUGCCCCGAGAGUGCCAAAGGACAAACACCAGAGCCCAGGCGUGACUCCUUCUCUCUGCUCCCUCAGUGGGCCAGCUUCCCUCUGGUGUCUCUUACAGAAGCCACAGAGAAUCUUCUGAAAGGACACUAGGACGAUUCAGAGGCCCGUGAUUCCGCCCUUUUAAUCCAGGGCGGGUCCCUGACUCAGCAUGACCUCGCACAUCCUUUGCUGGCUCCGGGGCCACAGUUGUCUCCUUGCAAGGUGAGAAUCCUGUUUUCCAAGGACGCUUCUCCGGCCCCCGCUGUCCUGUGAUGGACUACAGCGAUGUUAAGGUUCAUAAGUGAGCUCCCACGCAGGUGUGUGUGACGAGGUGGCGCUCCUGUCCCCCACAGAAGUCUCCUGCGAACACGGACUUGAUUAACUGACCACCUGUCUGACCUCAGACUCCAGGCUGGGAUCGGGGAGCAACGGACUCCUGCCCCGGGCUAGGUCUGGCUCUAGGGACGCGGCUACUCCCUGUCGCUCACCCUCCCACGUAGGGCCGAGAAAGCCGGUGCUCCCGGCUGCACGCGCCUUGUCAGGCCGAUUCCGGGUAGGAGGCCUGCGUAGAAGGCCGCUGGGUGCAGGGAACGGAGCAGGAGGCUGAGCCCGCCCGAGAGCUCCGCCCAGAUCAGUGGAGAGCAGCGGCCUUUCGGUGCCUCGCCACACGGGGGUGUGGUCCAGAGGACUCGGCUCCCCUGCGCUCCCCGGCAACCCUAGGGAGUUUUGUAGCACCCACUGCGCGUUUGCACGCAACCACCCGGGAAGACUCCUGCAAUCGCCGGACCCCUUUCUCCCAACCCACCUCCCUCGUGCAAGUUGAGGAGAGGCGGGAAGCAUGAGGGACUAUGACGAGGUGAUAGCCUUCCUGGGCGAUUGGGGGCCCUUCCAGCGCCUUAUCUUCUUCCUGCUCAGCGCCAGCAUCAUCCCCAAUGGCUUCAAUGGUAUGUCAGUCGUGUUCCUGGCGGGGACCCCGGAGCAUCGUUGCCUUGUGCCUCACACCGUGAACUUGAGCAGCGCGUGGCGCAACCACAGCAUCCCCUUGGAAACGAAGGACGGACGACAGGUGCCUCAAAGCUGCCGCCGCUACCGACUGGCCACCAUCGCCAACUUCUCUGCGCUGGGGCUGGAGCCCGGACUGGAUGUAGAUCUGGAGCAGCUGGAGCAAGAGAGCUGCCUGGAUGGCUGGGAGUACAGCAAGGACGUCUUCCUGUCCACCAUCGUGACAGAGUGGAAUCUGGUGUGUGAGGAUGACUGGAAGACACCCCUCACCACCUCCCUGUUCUUCGUAGGCGUUCUCUGUGGCUCCUUCGUGUCUGGGCAGCUGUCAGACAGGUUCGGCAGGAAGAAAGUCCUCUUUGCCACCAUGGCUGUGCAGACUGGAUUCAGCUUCGUGCAGAUUUUCUCAACCAACUGGGAGAUGUUUACUGUGUUAUUUGCCAUCGUGGGCAUGGGCCAAAUCUCCAACUAUGUGGUGGCCUUCAUACUCGGGACCGAAAUCCUGAGCAAGUCGGUUCGCAUCCUCUUCUCCACGUUGGGAGUCUGUACAUUUUUUGCCAUCGGCUACAUGGUGCUGCCGCUGUUUGCAUACUUCAUCCGAGACUGGAGGAUGCUGCUGCUGGCACUGACACUGCCUGGGCUGUUCUGUGUCCCCCUGUGGUGGUUUAUUCCAGAGUCUCCCCGGUGGCUGAUAUCCCAGAGGAGAUUUGAAGAGGCAGAACAGAUCAUCCAGAAAGCCGCAAAGAUGAAUGGCAUCAUGGCACCAGCGGUGAUAUUCGAUCCUCUGGAGCUACAGGAGCUAAACUCCUUGAAGCAGCAGAAAGUCUUCAUUCUGGACCUGUUCAAGACUCGGAACAUUGCCACAAUAACAGUGAUGUCUGUGAUGCUGUGGAUGCUAACCUCAGUGGGUUACUUUGCUCUGUCUCUCAAUGUUCCUAAUUUGCACGGAGAUGUCUACCUGAACUGCUUCCUCUCUGGCCUGAUUGAAGUUCCAGCUUAUUUCACAGCCUGGCUGCUACUGCGAACCCUGCCUCGGAGAUAUAUUAUAGCUGGGGUGCUGUUCUGGGGAGGUGGUGUGCUUCUCUUGGUCCAAGUGGUACCUGAAGGUGCUUAUAACCGACUCCUGCCCUACAUCCUCAUGGGCAGUCUGACUGUCCUCAUUGGAAUCAUCACACUUUUUUUCCCUGAGAGUUUUGGAGUGACUCUACCAGAGAACUUGGAGCAGAUGCAGAAAGUCAGAGGGUUCAGAUGUGGGAAAAAAUCAACAGUCUCCAUGGACAGAGAAGAAAACCCCAAGGUUCUAAUAACUGCAUUCUGACAAGGUUUCCAAGGCACGUGGCAAACUGAAAAACAGGUGGGGUACAAUGAGCAGGGUGUGCUGGAGCCAGCCUGAAAGCCUGCCCUCUUGGUAUGGGGACAGGAGGAUCGAGAAGUCAAGGUCAUCAUUGACUAUGUCAGGAGUGUGAGACCAGCCUGUCUCACCACAAGCAGCCCUGUCUGAACAAAACAAAACAAAACAAAACAAAACAAAACAAAACAAAACAAAACAAAACAAAAGCCUUUCCGCUGAAAGGUACUAAUAGAAACAAUGAGCACCAAACUGGACUUGUGGAGAAAUACACAAUAUCUCAUAAAUUCUGGGCCACUCUUCCAGAUGGUCUUGUUUUUAAGAACCAACGUUUCUAAACAGUCUUGACUGCUAACUAUUCCAUGAAAUAGAUUUGUAAGAAUUUUUUUUUUGAAAAUGUGUUAGUCAAGGACUGGCAAAAUCCAUAUGAAGAUGAUCACACAUUUUCAAACGUAUAAAUGCUGUCCAAAUAAAAUUCAUUGUAUUAUGA